GAUGUUUGGGCGCGCCCUCUGAGGGAGAAGCAGCGUUGCCUUCGCCUUCGCCGCCGCCUCCGUUGAGCCGGGCCUGGAUGGGUCAGUAUUGGAAGGCCUGGGGAGAAGGGGCGCCAGUGCGCAUGCGCGGCAGAGAGGGAGCGGGAAGGAGGCAGAGAAAUCAAGAAGAAGCUGUCUCUGGAUGCCAUUCUCCAUGAAAUGCCAAAGAAGCAAAUUAGCACAGUUCUGUUGGCAGAUGCUGUAGUGCUGAAGAGAAACAGUUCUUUGUGGGUGAAUAAGCUUUAGCGACUGCAACUCAAUAUAGCCUUCCAAGCAUUCUUGUCUUCAAGAACCAAAAACAGUGAAGAAAAUAAUCAGCCAUAUGUAUAUAUAGUACAAGCCAAAUGGCAAGGUUUUCCAGCAAGAUUUGGAACUGGACUUUUUUAUGCUGUACCCUUUGCCUUUCCUGAUUUUUCCUCUUUCCCUGUCCCUUUUUUUAAUAAAAGAAAAACCUACUGGUCUUACAGUCCAGCUAUUUAUUUUAGAAUAAUUUAAUUUUGGUCUGUCACCGGUUAGGUCAGGUGUCAGGACACUUGCAGUCGCCUGAAUGGACAGGGACACUUUUGCUUACUCCACAAAGUUUUUUCGUGACUAUGGCGGCCCGACGCGGGGUGCAAGCAGCCAACCCCACGAACAUGUCGACUACAUUGAAAAGCCAGAAACCUUCACUUAUGCAGACUUUUUCAAGGAUUACUUGAUCCCCAAUGACCCCUGUAUUUUCUCAUCAAAGUUCACAGAAGGCUGGGGAAGUAGGAGGAACUGGGUGACUCCGGACGGGAAGCCUAAUUUUGAGUAUCUUCUGCGGACAUUUGGGGAGGCUGUAGUACCUGUUGCCAACUGUGAUGUCAAGGAAUACAAUUCUAACCCAAAGGAACAUCUUAAACUCAAGGAGUACAUAAGUUAUUGGAAAGAUCACAUUAAAAAAAACUAUCGCUCACCCAGGGGCUGCCUUUACCUCAAGGACUGGCACCUGCACAGGGCUUUCUCAGAGCAAGAUGUUUACACCACCCCCAUUUAUUUCUCAUCUGACUGGCUGAACGAAUACUGGGAUGCCGUAGCAGUGGAUGACUAUCGUUUUGUCUACAUGGGACCCAAAGGCUCAUGGACUCCAUUCCAUGCUGACGUCUUCCGCUCCUACAGCUGGUCAGCCAAUAUCUGUGGGAAAAAGAAAUGGCUGGUCUUUCCUCCAGGACAAGAGGAACCCUUACGAGAUCGUCACGGUCACUUGCCAUUUGAUAUCACUGCACCUGAUUUAAAGAAGAGCAAUCUUUACCCACGCUAUGCCCAAAGCAGCCCUCCCGUUGAAAUCAUACAGGAAGCUGGGGAGAUUGUCUUCAUCCCAAGUGGAUGGCACCACCAGGUUUAUAACUUGGAAGAUACCAUCUCCAUCAACCACAACUGGGUCAAUGGGUGUAAUGUGGCCAUCAUGUGGAGCUUUCUCCAGGAUGAGCUAGCUGCAGUCCAGCGGGAGAUCAGAGAAUGGAAAGACACCAUGGAGGACUGGCAUCUGCAAUGCCAGGUCUUGAUGAAGUCUUACACUGGCAUUGACUACAAGGAGUUCUACAACUUCUUGAAGAUCAUUGCAGAAAACCGGAUGUAUAUCCUGGAGAAGCACCAUUCUGAAGAAGAUGCCUCCAAGCAUUCCUACCGAGCAGCCAUCUCCGGCUUGGGCAUGCUGCAUGCCGUCUUCGAUUUGAAAAGGACUGCCAAGGUCUUGACCUCUCUGAACGCCAAUGAGGAAUUCAAGAAACUGAACCCUGAGAAACUUUCCCCUCCUCCUCAGGCGUUCCUGCACCGCCUGAAAGCAGCAAUAGACACAGCCCUCCUCUAGUUUCCCACUUUAUUUUGACCACUUGCAAAAAAAAAGAAGAAGAAGAAGCUUCAUUUGCAAGCUGGGUGCAUGCUGGUAACAUUAGUUCAAUCACCCCAUUUAGAAGUCUUAAGCACAGUGAAUUUGUGGAUGAAUGGGAAAUGUAGAGGCAAAAUGUUCAAGAAUUCAAGUGUGUAGGAAACUGACAGAGAGGAAAGCACUCCCCUGGUCAGAUUGUGGUGUGUGUGUGUGUAUGCUCCAUUUGCUCAUUGAAAACUAGCCAUGUGAUGAAUGUACUACUGGUCAUUCUAAGCUACAGUAUAUGCUCAUGUAUAAGUCGACCUCAUGCAUAAGUCGAGGGCAGGUUUUGGAGGACAAAAUUAUUAAUUUUGAUAUAGCCUGUGAAUAAGUCAAGGGUAGAACUUUACAGCAUGUAACAAAGGAUGUAAAGGACAAAGCAAAGGAAAAAGAUGCCAAAGAAUGCUGCUAUUUUUUACCUAGGCAUUCAAAAAGGACAGAAGUGAUGCCGCAGCGGAGAGAGUAGGGGGCUGAUGUUCUUUUAGUGUUGGUUCUUUUAGGUUCUCCAGUAUGGACUAAGAUCUCAUUUUCGCCACUCUAUUCAAAGAAAGGGAUGGUUCCUAUUUACAUUCACCCAUGGAUGAGGGUUUUUUUGACUAACAUUUCUAGACUUAUACAUGAGUAUAUACAGUAAGUCCUUUUAUACUAGAAUCCUGUACACUCUUUCCAAGAAGUAAGCCCCAUUGAAAGACAAUGGGACUUCCUUCUUAGGUAAACAUACCUAGGCUAUUAGUUUCAGGUGGGUAUUUGGUUGCUUUUUGACCCACUGAAAGACACCUUAAUUGCAUUUAAAGUUUGAGCGUUUAGAUGAAAAACAAAAGGUGUGUGCGCUGUACCAAUGAGUAUGUAUUACUCACCUGUUUGUACCCCCCGCUAGGUUCUCCAAACCCCUUCCUUGCAGCAUUAAGAGAGAGACGUCAGGAAUCUCCACCUCAGGUGUGGCACCACACUUUCAGGGACUCUGAGCAAGGCUAGCUCAGUGGGCCUACGCCGCCCAAGCAUGGCAGCUGAAAUAAGGGCACCCUCUUACCAAGGACAAGCUGUGCCAAUUGUGAACUGCAAGCGCUGUUGCGUACCACUCUCCUCAACUGCCUUUACAUAUUCGAUUGCAGCCAGAACAAGGUGGGCUAAAAAUGGCUGGUACUGAUUUAAAAAAAAAGUAUUCUGAAAUAGUUUUACAUUCUUAGUGCCUCAGCAUUUGUAGAACAAUAAAAUCCCCAUAGAGUUUAAAGUGGGGAAAGAGGGGUGAGGAAUACCUUUCAGGACUUCUUUGUGUGGUUGUCCUCACAUAAUGCAGUGUCGACUGUAAAUUCUGAUUCAGUCCUGAUUUGUUUUUUCCAGUGAUCUCCCUCCUGUUUCUCCUCCCCAAAUGGUUUCUGUGCCUAUGCAGAGUAUUGCAAGGAAACACCAUAGCUGAAACUGUAGCCCCUAAAGCCACACAGGUUGGAGGUGGGGCAGAGGGAAAAGUGGGGUCGGUUGGAAAUGCUCAGAGUGGUCCAGGGAUGGAGAGGCAGAAGCUCUGCAUCAGGGGCUGGGCAACCAUGAUGGGUCCAGGAGCCAAUUUUCUACACCUGGGACUUUUUGAGAACUUCUGGUCUUAAAGGGGGACGUUUUAAAUUUAAUUACUAAUCUCAUUUUGCCCACCCCUGUCUUAAAGAAACAGACAUUGAUGAAGAAGCCAAACCCACCCUCUGCCAGUUGCCCCUCAAGAAAGCCUCUUGGCCUGUAGGAAAUGCACUCUGCUUUGGAAAGGUACAGUAUAGCACAAAGUGAAGUGGGCGCGUAAGGGCCGAGUUGCAUCCAUCUCGAGCAGCAUCCAUCUUUCAAACCCAGGGAUGCCACUCCUCUGAGUGCAGCGGUUCUUACCCACUAACACUCGAUCGUGGGACUGAGCACAACUACUUGUAGCAUCCUGUGUGGCCAAGGGCUCAAAACUAGUUUGUACAAGAAAUCCUUUCCUGUGCUGUUGUCAGGGGGAUGCCUUCUAAAUGGGGACCGGAUUGCUUUUUAUUCCCCUUUGCUAUAUAGCCUGCUAGACUUCCACUUGACCCCCUCUUCGCAGGGGGCCAUUUUAAGCACUGAGCCGAAGUUUACUCAACCCUUGACUGUUCUGCCAAGUUGCCCUGAGACCUUUCUGAAACUGCACAUUAAAAAAAAAUAUUUAAGUGUUAUUGGCUUCUCUCUUUUCUUUUAAGCGGUUUGCUGCAAGCUGAUAGUGAUUUAGCCUGAAGAAAUGUUUGCUUGAAAAUGAGAUUGGCUGACUUUCCUUCCCAUUCCCCCAAAACAAUAUCUUGGCUGGGUAAUCAAGUUAGGAAGGAGUCAGGAUAUGCUGUUUCAUCACUUCACACAACAGCACCUUUGUCAAGGACUUUUAACAAUGGGAUCUGAUAGCCCCUGUUUAAGUAUUUCAACGGGUGUCAUAUUGAAGAUGGAGCAAGCUUGUUUUCUGCUGCCCCAGAGAAUAGCACCAGGAGCAAUAGGUGCAAGCUACAGGAAAAGAGAUUCCAGCUCAACAUUAGGAAGAACUUCCUGAGGAAAGAAACAAAGUGAGAUCAGUGAGACAUAAAAGUGGACUAUUGCACACAACCACGUCUCCUUGUGUCGUCAUCCCACCCCUCGCCCCCCGACUCUAAUGUCAAUUUCAAAGAAAUUGUGGAAUAA